AUGGAGAGUUUGAUUGAAAUUGUAAACCGGUUGUAUCCGGUUGUUGGCAAUGCUAUCAUACUUUAUAAUAAAGUGCCUUACAUGAAUUUUUGUAUUAAAAUGAUUUUGAACCCAGGAACAUAUGACUAUCGAUUGUCCAGUAGAGAGUCAUCGAUCAGUUCGAUAUCAUAUGAGAUUGCUAAACUUGAUUUUGAUAGGAGCAUCAAUCACAAAUUUGAAAUCAAAGAGGUAUGUGGAAUAGCUCUCGCUAAGAAGGAUGUUCCAUAUUAUAGAGUCAAAAUUGUUGAAUUUGUGAACAAGAAAAGUGAACAGUGCAAAUUUCUUGACGUGUGCUCUGCUGAUGUGGAAGUGUCAUUGAAAAAGUUGAUAAAGUUGAGUAAAGACCUGAGGAAACACCCAGCGGAGAUACAAACACUUUCAUUAUCCUGUAUUCAGCCAUGUUCGCUUCAGCUUACUGGUGAUGUUGGCGUGAGAUAUGGACCAAGUGAUUUGUAUGACAUUUCGGCUGUUUACUACGUUGAAGACCUUCUGAACAACAACAAAAUAUGGAAGGUCAUUUUCACUGGACUCGGUGGUGACCAAUACAAUUUGGAUGAUAUCAACCCAUCCCUACUGUUCUAUGCUGAUGCCCCAACAACUCCACCCAACGCAGUCAACAACAUUAGUAACAGUAGCAACAUUAAUGAUAAUUGCAGUAGUAGUCAUGUAGUCUGGACUUGUUUGAAUCGAGAUUUCGUUCAGAAAAAUUAUGCAUUUUUAAAAUCCGACAUACCCUCUAAGUGUAGAAAGUAUUUUGGGUUAGAGGAUUUAACAUCUAUCAACUGUACAUCAACAGUGAAACCAUUCCGAUCGAGCAAUCCUCUGUCAUCUAUAUACAGAAACGACGAUACCAUCUCAAUCACUGAGCCACCAUUAAAAGUAGAUGCCACUCUGAAUGCUUCCAUCUUUUCUGGUAGAGGAAGGGGAGCAAUUUUGAAGGAUUUGUUGGAAAGGAGAAGGUUGAUGAAGUCAGCAAAUCUACGCAUUUCAAAUGACGAAUCCGGGGCUAAACAUCAGAAUAGUUUACAACCAAAUGAAAAUGUAAAUAUUGUAAACGAUAUCGAAGCUACACAUGGCAACAACCUACAAAACAAUGAUCUUGUUGCUAUCAACGCCACUGACAAGCUUAAUGAUGAAGAUGAAGCUGUUGCAACAACCACAAAUACACGAUACAUGUCUGCUGAUGAAAAUCUGAGUGCAAGCAGCAAACAUGCAUCAUCAACACCUGCCAUUGCCAACGGUUUUGACACCACAGCCAACAAAAUUAAUAAAGUUAUCAAAAAGGUAGAUGAAACAACAUCAACAAAAACUAUAGUGAUCAAAACUCCACUCAAUGAGGUCACCAUCCAUGAAUGUUCUCCCGCCACAACUCUAUUCAACAACGACAGUGCAGGAGAUGGCAACAACGACAAUGUUUCAUUUGGCCGUGGUAGAGGUUUGUUCAAAUUGAAGUCGAACCUUUCUAGAAGGAUGUACAACAUCAAAUAUGACGACGAGGUGUGGGCAGCUACAGAUGAUAUAUGGAUCGAUAGCCCAAUAAAAACAUUUGCAGAGGUUGAUCUGAAAAACUCCAAGUACUACAAUAUCAUUAAGAUGGACAAAAACCUGAAAUCAAUGACUCAGCCGACAGCACUUCAGUCGUGCAUGUGGUCGGCCAUCUUGAAAUUAUUUGAUGUCUUUGGUGUUGGACCCCAGGUGCCUAGGCAUCUGCCGGAUUGCAUUGAUCAGGUUGACGUUAUCAGUGGAAAGACACCAAUAGUGAUAAUAAUAUGCCCAUCAAGUGAUGUUGUGGCCAAGGUCAGCAACCAGCUUCACUCACUUCUUGCCAAUCAGAAGCAUCUGCCUAAUUACUCAAGAAACAUCAACUUCUACUAUCUGACUCGAUCUGGCGGCGACAUCCUAGUGACUACUCCUGUGACGCUGCUCAGGGUUUUCGAUCUGGGAUUGGUGUCUUUCCAGAAUGCCUGCCAUCUGGUUUUGGAAGAGGCAGAUGUUCUGACAAAUUUGUUUGCCAAACAGAUGGACAGAAUUAUCGACUCGUACAAUCUCGUGUUGAACAGCAGACGAUGUAGGAGCAGUCUUCCUCAUCAAAUCCUCACCUACGCCCAACACUGGACCCCACAGGUUGAGCAGUUCGUUUUCAGAUAUAUGAAGUUACCUGUUGUUGCCAUAGCAAGUAAGAUGGAAGCCGUAUACGCUGGCCAAGUAGAGAUGUACCUCGACAAGUUCUUCAAAAGAGAGCGCCUGGCCAUUGGAAUCUGCACUACGACGUCAUCAGAUUGUGAGAUAGCCGAGGUCUUCAACCAGUGGAAAGCAAUUAACAUUCCCAAGAGCAGCGUGGAGGAUGAAGCAUUUCUAAAUGGAGAGAGUGAUGGAAAUAAUGACGAUGUGGGAAGUUGCAAAAGUGAUUUCAAAAUUGAAGACAAUGAAGAUUUUUCUAGUUUUGUUCUAGUGCUAUCUGAUGACGUCAUGAAAAUGAUGUUGGACGUGAGGCUGUCCGAUGCCACGAUGGUCAUCCACUUCGAUUACCCCGACCAACAGUCGAUCUUUGCUGACCGACUCUGGUGCACCAGGGAGCACUUUCAGAAGAUUUCAGAUAGGUUCAAGUAUCAAAAAAUGAAAGCACUGGAAAACCCUGAAGAACAAAAAAUGGAAAUUCCAUCAUUGAGGAGACCAAAGAGCAUACUUAUGGUGUCCAAGGAGGAAUGCGAAAGUGGUUUCAUAAAAAAUCUUUAUAAAGUCUUAAAAAGGAGUGGCUGUACGAACAUUCCAAGCUUCAUGCACCUCUCGGUGAAGUUGCUGGAGAGCGAGCAGGGUCGCAUCAACAAGAUGCCCCUCUGUGACUACUUCAAAAGCUUUGGAGAGUGCUUCAACCAAUCCUAUUGUAAACAAAGACACGUCAUCAACAAAUCAGCUGAUAUCGACAAAGAUCGUGAAUAUCAUAUCGACAUCCCUACUUCCGUUGUCGUCAAAAUGCUCAUUACAAACAUCAAGAACCCUUUCAUAUACCACGCCCACAUUUUGGAGUGGGUGGAUCCUGUAAAACAACAGCCAAUCAAACAUUCACAAGCCAAAAUUCUAGCUCUCCAAUUGGCUGAAUAUUUUGGCUGCCACAGUAACUGCGUGAAAGUUGACCCUAACAAUGUGAAGUUGAACGUUUUGUUGGCUUACAUGGAUGCCGAUGAGGUUUUUCUCAGAGUGCAAGUGAUCAGAGUGAGUCCCAAUUCAGAGGAUUACCUGCCGACAGAGGCCGUGGUCAGUUGCGUGGAUUAUGGGAGGUUGCUGCACGUUAAAGUUGACAAGUUGCUCGUCCUGCCUGACCAGUUUCAGCGUGCAGUUGAAAUCUGCCUAUGCAGGCUGAAGCCAGUUGAUCAAGAUACAACCUGGAACAGUAGAAAAAAAAACGAAAUUUUAUUUGUUUCUCAAAAUUGA